GCCCACGCCUGGGCUGUGCUGAUUGGCCGCUCGCGGCCAGCCCCGGGGCCUGGGCCGGCAGGGUCCUCUGCCCAGCGGAAAGUUUUCCCGGCCGGGAGGAGGUCGGCGCUUGGAGACUCUGAGCCAGCGGCCCCGGAGGCUGCAGGACUCUGGGCGGCCAUGGAGGAGCCCCCCUUGCGAGAGGAGGAAGAGGAGGAGGAAGAAGAGGAGGAGGGGGACGAGGCUGGGCCCGAGGGGGCUCUGGGCAAGAGCCCCUUCCAGCUGACCGCCGAGGACGUGUAUGACAUCUCCUACGUGAUGGGCCGCGAGCUGAUGGCCCUGGGCAGCGACCCCCGCGUGACACAGCUGCAGUUCAAGAUCGUCCGCGUGCUGGAGAUGCUGGAGACGCUGGUGAAUGAGGGCAGCCUGACGGCGGAGGAGCUGAGAAUGGAGAGGGACAACCUCAGGAAGGAGGUGGAGGGGCUGCGGAGAGGGGCCUCGGCGGCCAGCCCCGAGGUAAGCCUGGGACCAGACAAGAUGGUAGUUGACCUGACAGAUCCCAACAGACCACGCUUCACUCUACAGGAGCUGAGGGAUGUGCUACAGGAGCGCAACAAACUCAAGUCCCAGUUGCUGGUGGUGCAGGAGGAGCUGCAGAGCUACAAGAGUGGCCUGAUUCCACCAAGAGAAGGCCCAGGAAGGAGAGAAAAAGAUGUUCUGGUUGCCAGGACCAGCAACGCCAGCAGUGACAAGGAAGAGAAGACAAUCAUAAGGAAGCUGUUCUCUUUCCGAUCAGGGAAGCAGACAUAGAUUGAAGGCCACGACUAAGGCAGCUGUUCUCAGACUCGAGAAGACAACCCACCAAGACUUCCAGAAUCAUCUCUUCGUGCCACGCAUACACACUGUACUUGCUCUUUUGUUUCCCCUCAAAGCCGUCUGAGAGGAAGAGGUGAGGUUCUCUCGUGACCGUUUCCUCCCCGGCUGCAGAACUGGACACCCGCGAAGGCCUGGCCGGGGCAGGUGAAGCGGCACAAAGAAGUCAAGCCGGCAUAAGGGAAGUGCAACGGGGCCCCCCUCCUGGCCCACUUCAGCCUCGCAGGGGCCUCCAGCGUGCGGAUGUGUGCUCUGCUCCUCUGGUCCCACAGAUGACCCUGGUCUUUACCGUGUGGCAGCCAAAUACAUCAGCCCAAAGGGAGAGGGGAGAAGAGAACACAGGAAAAUGUGGUAUUGACUUUCCAGUGACGAUUUCACUGAUAUUUAGUGACUAUUUGAUUUUGCUAACAUGACUUUCUUUACAUGAUUUUAUAUUAAAGUAAAAUGACUUUUAUACUUUC